AUGCCACCACCUGAGAUCGUCAACCCCCUUCCUGUGGGCCUGGCGGUUGAGGAACCAAGUGAGCCCCAGGUUGUUUCCUCAGUUCCUGCCCUUGUUUCCCCCAUUCUCGCCCCCAUUUCUCCUAUUCUCGCCUCUGCCGCUGACCCUCCUGUCGUGAGGAAGACCAGAAAGUCGCGCACUAAAGCCAAGGCAAUUGAGGCUGACCAAACAGAGCAGAUCAGCAUUCCAGAGUACACAAUUGCGGUCGCGAAUGCGCGAAUAAUUCAAGAAAUGCCCAAGGCACCCAGCGGUCCUGCCACUUUGGGUGCAGUUAACCCAAAAGAAGUUAUAAAUGUCAAGCACGAGAACAAAAAGCUGCAAGUUGCAGCAAAAGUUUCCGCAGUCAUUCCUGACUCCGACUAUGCGAUGAUGAGUGAACUUGAAGAUCUGUCUAGUGAUGAAUCUGAGAUCACUGGUGCACUGGGUGCAGACGAUGCUCCAGCGCUAGUCCAAGAGGAGGCAGUUGAAGACUACAUUAUAGACUUCGAAGUUGAGACUGAUGAUGUUGUCAAACUUCUUCAACUACCCAUAUCUAUGUCAUGGUGGACAUUCCAGGAUCAGAUUGCUGAGACAAUGGGCUGCCAUGAGACCCAGCUACGCUUGGGCUAUAGGCUCAGCACUGCAAGAGCGGGAGAGAAGGCACACAGCCUUGAGACACCGGACGAGUAUUCUGAAAUGCAACAAGAAAUAGUCUCGGAACGCGAGAAACGGGUGGUCCUCCAGAAAAAGGUGUCCAAGAUGAAGCCUCCGAAGGCAUUGAAAGUAUUGAUCAAGGACAGGCGAAAUAAGGCUGAAAAAAAGACCAUCGCAAAACCAAAAACUGCCUCAAAAACUUCUUGUGCUAAGCUCAAUAAUAGUGCCGAUCCAGACUUGGUCGAGUCCACAUUGGCAACGUAUAUGUGGCAACUCACAAACAAAUAUGGCAACUGUAAUCAACAUGGAGGGGAAUCCUGUUUUGUCCGGCCUGAUGGGACUCAUCGGCACUUGACCAUUGCAGAGCUCACUUUGUGGGAAAUUUCCAUCGAAUUGCACUGUGCAACCCUCUCAGUUCCUCCUGACUCGCUCAAACUUUCAAGUGAGAAUGAUACUCGUCUGCCCAAACCCAGCAAGUCUAAACAAACACCUGGUGCGACAUCUGGUUAUCCUCCACCACCAAUUCCAGGUGCCAUGUGGCCAUAUCCCACAGGAUUUGCGCCGUUCAAUACCGCUGUGCCUCAGGCAUAUGCAAGUCACGACACAGGUGUAAAUCCCGCACUAAAUUUACGCUACAUGUCAAUUGAAAGACUCCUUGAAGUGCUUGAUGAAGAAGAACUGCCGCCAAAAUCUCACCUCGCGAUGAAGUACAAAGAGCAGUUUGCAUCACAUGGCUUUCGCACCAUCUAUGAUUUGACUGAUACCGAUUAUCUCAGCCCCAAAGUACUCAGUGAACUCCUUGAGCCUAAACCCCCCUUUGCGACCUGUGUACACAUUAUAAGGCAUGUGAAGGAUGAAGUACAACACACUCAAGAUGCUUAUUUGUCUGGUGAUAGGUCGGUUCUCAUCUAG